CGAAGUUGCAAACUCACUGUGCACCAGUUGAGCUGAUUUCUUCUGCCCACCUGCAUAAUCCAUAUUCACAAGCCUUCACCGGUACAGUCUAUCAACGCUGUAGACACCAUAAGGAGGAGUAUUGAAGGGGCUGAGGUUCACUAAAGCCUCCACCGUCCCAACUCGUCUGUUCUUGUCUGACAUUGUUUCAGCGGGAGUCGUCCAUAAGCAAAAAACAUGUCUGUUGAAUUAAUGGGCUUCCUCGGAUCGGCGGCUGUGAUCAUCACUGUGAUCGUUAUCUGCUGCAUUUGUCCCUGCUGUUGUCUUUAUAAAACAUGCAGAAGACCCAGACCUGUUGCAGCAGUGACAGGAACACAUAUAACUACAGUCGUAAAUACACAAUCCAUUCAGCAGCAGCAGCCUGUCAUACAGGGAGUUCCCUACAUGGUAUAUCAGCCUGUGCCAACUCAGCCAGGGUAUGGAGUCCAGCCAGCCUAUGGAGGGCAACCUAUGCCAACGGGACCAUAUCAGGGACAGCCAUAUGUAUCAGGACCCCCACCCCCAUAUAAUUUGGCUGCAAGCCCUGGACAUCCCAACAAUCCGGCUGCAUAUGAUGGUGGCCAGGCUCCGUACCCAAUACAGCCACCAGCUCAGCCGGGUUUUGCGCAUCUGCCCCCACCAACAAACAACUUUAAUCAGCCAGCCUACAACCCUGCCUAUGUGGAACCUCCAAAGGCUGCAUACUAAACCACAACUGUCUGUCACUGGAUUGUGGUGUGCAACACAUUUCCGUGCUGUUGUAUGAUUAAGCCUUAGAUAUAUCCAAUAAUUGGUGCAGCUUAUGCAAGACUACUGGACGUGCUUCAAACAUAUAAUGUCUGUAUUUUGUUUCAAAUUAUGCACUUUAGUGGUCAUCAUGGUGAACUUUUCUUUUCAUGUCACGCAUCUGCUGAAAACUUGCAUUGUAUUUGUUUAAUGUCUAGAGAGUGGGAGACUUGCAACCCUAGCUAAAAGACAAACAACUUUGGCUCAAUUUGAGGGAGGUGUUACAAAGUUUGAGAAGUUUCCAUUGAGUUCAUCCCUUGAGGGUCUAAAAAAACAACAGCAUUUGAAUAUCACCGUGCGAGGCAGAAUUUCCACAAAGGUGUCAUGAGGCCCACUGACUUCCUUUAAUGGCUAGUUUAAAUAAUGUGAAACGCAAAUGCUCGAUCAUAUGCAAUGAAUGCGUCUAGAUGCAAAAGAGGGGGACAUUUUUAGCUUUCUUUGUAAACCAAGAGUUUACAUGAAACAAAACAAGACCCAAAAAGAGUGGCCCGCCCUUUUUUAGCCAAUCGACUGGAGUCUGUAUUUUUCUGUCUGCAGUAUUGUGGAGCCCCCUUCUAGUGAAAAUAAAUAAAUAAAU